AUGGGUAACUUCAUAUGGAUAUUUAUUGGUACCACCACCUUUGUGGGGCUCAUCAUCUUUUUGGGAAAUUUGGUUAUGGGAGGAGAAAUCAACAAGAAAUUUGUUCGCAAACUCAUCACUUUGGACAACAAUUUAAACAUAGAUGUUAGCGAUCCAGGAUUCAAAGCCACUUGGAAGGAUGGAAUGAUCAAAUUCCAUAACGUAAAGGUUCGUUCAAACAAAGAUAACAACGUUGAAUACGUUUUUGACGUGAAUACUAUCAAUUUAACCCUUUCAUUGAACAAAUGGCUCGAUGGACACGGUCUCAUUAAGGAUAUGAAUAUAUCCGGUUUAACUGGAGAAAUUCAGUUCCCAGAUGAUCAACACUUCAUUGAUAUGUCAUUUGAUGAUUCGUAUAUUCUAAAUGGAUUUAAGUUGAACGAUUCUCACAUUAUGAUGAAAGGCAAGAUGUUCAAAAAGCCUUUUGAAUUGAACAUCUUCACGUGUGAGAUGGAGAAAUUACGCAGACCAUGGUUUCUGUACGAUUUCUUGAACGCAGAUGCGCUUUCUGGUUCAUUUAAUGGUUCGUUGUUUACAUUACACAAACGUCAGAACAGAUAUGCACACUUUGUGGGUAUGGAUAGUGAUGAACAUGAAAAUAACCCCUGGAAGAAGAUCACGCGCGUGAGAAUCAACCAGAUGGAUCUUAAGGAUGUUUUUACCGACGAAUCGAAGUUAAAUUGGAUUACUUCUGGUAAGGCCGAGCUUACUGUGGAUGUGAUGCUUCCCAACGAGGAGAUGAGCGAAGUGAAGAAGGGUAGUUUGUGGGAGAGAGUGGUGGCAGGCUCGAAAAGGGUGGUGGAAGGCUCAGAAAGCGUGGUGGCAGGCUCACAAUCAGUGGUCGAAAAGGCCGGAAGGACUACCCCUAAAUAUGUGGUUAUGGAUUUCAAGGUAAGCCUAUACGACCUCAGGGCUUCGUCACCAAAGAAAAUACCAAGAUCGUCUCUUACCAAUGCUCCGUACAUCUCGGAAGACGAUCUACAGUCAUUGAUUACAUUUAUAAAUGACAAGAAGUUUGGAUUGGCAUCUGGAUCCAGUAACGAUGAAGCAGAUACAGAUAGAAUCGAAGGGGAUACAGAUGUAAGUCCAUUCGUUGGUGACAAUACGAUACCUCCAUUGAAAUUUCGAGUGGUUCAAAACUUACAGACAUUCAAUUACAUUGAUUUCCCGUCGAUGAUCAGUUUGUGCAGUAAGCCGGUUGAAAAUAGGAGCGAAUUGGGAGAGAAGCAGUUGGUUUCAUUUGUACAUACAAACCAAUUCAUUGACUCUUUGAUGUCAGAAGCUUUGAGUCUUCUAUUACUGUAUAAAGAGGAGACUCGACUCAACUUGAUUCGAAAGUACUCGCAGAGAUCCGGAGUACAGAUAUUCUUUAACAACUCUGCUGUUGGCAAUUUGUUGUUAGUUGGAUUGGGUAGUUUUGUUAUAUAG